AUGUCAGCACGGGACGCAAGCACGUACUCGGCAGUGCAAAUACAUUCUUGCAGAGCACUGUGCAACCACUUAUGUGUGUGGGUGUCUUUUGGAGAAGCUGAAAAGAGGAGGCACAGGGAGGCACAUCAGGACGGCAAGAGGCACAGCUGGAUGGCAGCGGUACAUGCGGUACGGCCCAAACCUCAACAAUCACGCACGGUGGCAGCACACACCCAUCCACAAAAAACAAAACAAAAGGAAAACAAAACACGGCGGCAGGGUGUGGCUGUGUGUGUGUGGCGCUACGGGUGUCUGCCCGCCCUGGCCGCAAAGAAACAAAACAAGAGGGAAAGAAAUGUGUGCUCCGCCCCACAGGCCCUCGUCGCACGCCCACACGUCACGGCUCCCUCAGCGCGCCGUUCGUCGCGGCCCCUCCUCAUGCGUGCAGCAGGCGAGGCGCACAGGGCCGUCGUCAUGAGCGUGUCGGUGGGUGUGCGAGUGGAGCAGUUGGGCGGGAAACACACGGCACCCCUCACAGGAAGAGUGCAGAAGAAACAAUUAAAAGAGGGAAGAGUAGAAAAGAAAAAGCCGUCCAUAGUGAUUGCCCCCCAAAAGCAAAAAAGAGAAGAGAUGGUGGAGCAAAAGAUUAGUAAACAAAAAAAAAGAAAAAAUUAA